CGCAGUAUACAUGUAUGUAGGAAGUUGCAUAAAAUAGCACCGACACGCACUCACUCAGCGAUGCACUUUUACUUUCUCAUCUCUCGUGUGUAACCGAAGAACCGCAUCUCAACUGCACCCGCCCGGUGUAUUUUGGUCUUUAAAUCCGUCCGGCAGUCAGUCCAUGCCAAAUCCAUUCAUAGCAUAUAGAAAGACGGACAGACAGACUGUGCGAUAGUGAGUGAGUGAAUUGCUUUCGCAACAAAAAAGUGCGUGACCAAACCCAAGUUCGAGUCGAGUGAAAAGGGAGAUGGCGUUUAUCUGAAGCAUACAUGUCGGAAAAGAGAUGCUACCCAGUUUUUUAGAAACCUGAUGUCGUCCUCCGGGGGGUUGUUUUAAGUGGCAAAUAUUUUGAAGACUUGCAGCGAAGUUCACUCAAUGAGCGAGUCUGCUUGAACAGCUGAGGCAAUUCCGAGUGAGUUGGGAAGAUAGUGCUUCUGAAGACCGGCAUUUGGGUCAAGACCAGUGCUCUGUAUCUUAUAGUGACACGGUGAUAAACCAAUGAAAACAAUCAUUUAGUUCUUAUAAGGGGAAGAUUCUGUUGAAGUGUUUCUUAAAUCUAGAAAAAAUAUCCAGCGUUAUUCCCCAUCGAGGAAGCUAUCGAACAGAUAAAAAAAACCUUCCUAAACUAAUAUCAAUGGAAACACCGCACCGGCUUUCUGAAGGAUAGAUUUGUGGGAGAACAUCUGUUACACACCAAGAAUCGUUGUUGUAAAGGAGAAAUUGCCUAAAAAUAGGCUUAAACUGCGAACUCCACCUGCCCUACGCCAUGGCACGGCACAUCAUGGCCGUGUGUGUCGUGUGCCUGCUGUGCGCCGACCACCUGCCCUGCAAACAGCACGAUGACCUCUCCGGGCUAGCUUCCAAUCGAAUUCCGCCGGUUACGACGACAAACGGUUUGGACUUCCGGUCACAGCAGAAACAGGAACCUCUCGUUGAACCGAACGUACUGGUCAAACGUCACACGCAUGGUCACGAUGAUCAUGACCAUCAUGGGGACCACGAUGGACAUGAUCACGAUCGCGAUGAGGAUGAGAGUGCAAAAGCGAUCCGUUCUCAGUUGGACCCGUUCAUGCAAAGGAUAUUUGCCGAAUUUGGGGAUCCGGAUACGAUGACGAUGAACGUGGCGGGAUUUGAGAAAAUGAUGAAACAGCUGAACAUGUACCAGUUAAAUACGGACGUAUAUCCCGGCUCGACGACUGUUUCUAGUCACGGAGUCAGUGAAACGAAAUCGUGUAUCAACAGCGUGGACUUUCUGAAGCACAUGGCUUCCCCCAAGUCAAAUCAAGCAAUCAUCCCACCGGUUAUAAGGCCAGAAGCACUUAUCAGUAGUAACAAUAAAAACAGUAAUGAGGGCAUGAGCAGCAGCAGUACCAAUAAAAGUUUCCUGGAUACAAGUAUCAAUAGUAAGAACGUAACCAUCAGUGAAAAAUCUAACGGAACCAAUAAUUCACUGAGUGAAUUGGAAAAAUUAAAAUCAACUUUCCGGAUAGAUCGAGACGAUCUGUUCAAUAUCUGUCCGAUUUUGUUGGCCCAACUUUCGUCGACAACCUCGUACGAACGGGCAGGAUGCAUAGAUCCCUCCAUAGUUCCGGACCUUAACGGGAUGAUGAACAAGAGCUUGCACAAUUCAGUGCACCAUCAUCACGGGGAGCAUGGCUCAGCUGGGAGUGAAAUAGAUCCCUCAGUUUGGCUGUACUCUACACUUGCAAUUCUGGGUGUAAGUUUGUGCGGUUUGCUUGGCGUAGCUGUGAUACCUUGCAUGGACAAACAUGGUUAUCAACACGUGUUGCAGUUUCUAGUAGCGCUGGCAGUUGGCACACUUUGCGGGGACGCUCUGCUUCAUCUGUUGCCCCACGCCAUGAUGCAUACAACGAUGGCUAACUCGCAUGAUGAGAUGAUGUACAAAGGCCUGGCCGCGGUCAGUGGGAUUGUAUUCUUUUAUUUUAUGGAACGCUUCCUGACGGUUGUAGCCGAGUGGUACAAGCACAAGGAAAAGAAAGAUAAACCAUCUUCACGGGUAAGGGUGAUGCGAGAUCCUGAGGUCAGCUCUUUGCACAACGCUACCGGAGGAGAAAAGCAAUGCAAACACAAGUACAGUUCCUACCCUUACUGCUACGAUGAAAUAGCGAUGGACACCAAGGAUGAUCAUCAUGAGCAUAACCACGUGGAGCAUCAUAAUCACAAUAACCACAACAACGCUUCAGCCAAAUGUGCAAACUUAGGGGAGCAUGGAGAACAUGGCGAUGGUGCCAACAAUCACCACCACCACCAUCAUCAUCAUCAUCGUAAUAGCAAUGGCAAAGACGAUCCAACAGCUAAUCAGGACGUCAAUACAGUCUCCACCAAUUUAGAUGAUGCCAGUAUCGAAAGCAAUGAUCAGCUUAGCAACCACAAAAGUGCAAAAAUACGCCCCGAAAAUUAUACCAUCAUUCUGCGGGAGCACGAAACCAAACAUCAUGGGCACUCGCACACCCAUGGCCACGUUCAUUCACCCCCAGGGUCGUUAUCGGCUGUGGCCUGGAUGGUUAUCAUGGGCGAUGGGUUACACAAUUUCACCGACGGUAUGACCAUCGGGGCCGCUUUUGCCAACAAUAUUGCCGGCGGAUUUUCGACAGCCAUCGCCGUGUUCUGUCACGAGUUGCCCCAUGAACUGGGUGAUUUUGCCGUGCUGCUGAAAGCCGGCAUGUCGGCACGGGAUGCAGUAUACUACAAUUUGCUGUCCUCUAUCCUCAGCUUCUUCGGGAUGGUGAUUGGUAUUCUGAUCGGUCAUCAGGCUGCGGCGUCAGCUUGGGUAUUUUCGGUGGCAGCCGGAUUGUUCCUGUACAUUGCUUUAGUAGAUAUGAUUCCGGAGCUGACGUCUUCGCACGGAGCGGGUGACAGUUGCAGAACGUCGGAGUUCUUGCUGCAGUUUGUUGGCAUGACCGCUGGCUUCGGCAUAAUGCUGCUGAUUGCGAUGUACGAGCAUGAUCUCAAAGAGAUGUUCGUCGAUUGAGCGCCAGUCCCAGCCAGCCUAGCGCAGAACAUCCAUGACAAAGGCCUGCAUCAUGAUUUUUUUCUCGUUUCUACGGUUUGUUUUCUUUUUGCUACAAAAAAUGGAAUUUUUCUCUGCGUGUGUGAUAACAUUGUAAAAUUGUAGUUGGCACCCGUUAAUCAAAUAGUAAUACAAUAGCGGGGAAACAGGUGUUUAGAGACACGUAGAAAGUUCGAAAACAAAUGUUCGAAACAGAUGAAUAAAAAGAAGCUCGCGAUCACGCACCGUUGCUCUCAUCGGUGAUCUAAGAAAUAUUACAAAUAUUUCGAUUUGCGAAACACUAUACCUACUAAGUAAGGAAUUUGGAUUAUGUCGAUAAAAAGUAUUAGUCAUCUGCGAGUUGAUAGGUACAUUGUGAAUAAAAAAAACUUAUUUCUACUUCACCAUUUAUCUAGCAUUUGAUUAAAUUUACACCGGGAAAUAAUGAUAAUGUCAAACAAAUUUUCGGAAUGAACCAAAAAAUUUACAACACAGAAGAGUAAACUUCAGCUUCUCGUACGGAGCCGGUUUUUAUGGAUUAAGUUUUUUAGUUGAUUUAGCUAUUUUUUAAAUAACGUAGAAUUAAAUACCACACCACGCCAUCCGUAUAGAAGUAAAACUUAAAAGAUAGUCAGCUUUUGCAUCUUGCAGAUACUUACAACAAACCCAAGUAACAAUAGUUCCACGGUAUUUCCUCUACCAAAAUCGGGGAAAAAUAUUGUCUCCUAAUGCAGCAUUCUACUAAGUAUAAGCAGUAAGUACUUUAUUCUCUUUGGCCUGAAUCAAACUGAGUCGCCAACAUUUGGCGAAUAUGCGCAUUUUGUUUUAUUUUGAUAGAUCGUUUGCCUCGAAAAACAAAAAUUUAAAAACACAGUUAUUCGCUUUCGACAAUAUGUUUCCGGGCUCGAUUUUAGUCUUUAAGUAGGAAUAUCAAAUUCUUUUAGAUCAUAGCCGCUCGACAUCGCUGGAACUUCAUUUUCAUCGUCUUUUCUUUUAAGUAUUAUUGAUAAAACAAAACAAACAAAAAAAGAGCUCCACUUCUCAUCUCAAUGAAUCAUGUAACAAA